AUGUUCCUCGGUCCGAAUGCCGAAAAGGGUUUGCUGGUCACAAGCGUGACGCAAAGCAACCGCCCAUGUCCAGAUCCUAGUAAUGACCUUGUACAAGUUCCCAGAGUUUGGCCGUACCUUCAAGGACAGCCCGCCGAAAAGAUCUCCAAGAAAUGUUCCUUGGCUUGGCUUGUAACGGUCGAUAUGCAGAUGAUAGGUUUUGCGAGCGUUUCCGCUUUGGCUCUCGGCGCGUUCAUACUGGGCAAGCAGUCGAUGGCGAGGAGGAAGAAAAUGGAGCUGCAAUGUUAUAGGGAAUCGAUAGAAAAAGGACGAGAGAAUGGUACACCAGCGGGAUAG